AUGGGCGAGGGCGGUACUCGGGGGCGUGUGCGAUCAGCUGACUUCGACAAACUCUAUGCAUCAACGAUCCAUCUUGCAGUCGGACAUUAUCAAUCAAUUCUCGCCAAUACAACAAUUUAUCCUAAUGAUAUAGAGGCACGCGACUGGUCUGGCCAAGCAUGGGCGGCAGCUUGUCGUUCUCAAGGUGUUCGGAUUGAUUAUGAUGAGGAUGCUUAUAAGUUGAUCACAGAACGUGGCUCUAAUUUACGCAGUGACCUCAAGACUGCUCUGCGAGCACUGGUUGAGACAGAGUUUGGUUUCAAAAAUGACAAAACUCCAGAGGCCAUCAGAUUCAAUGCAGAGCUCGCAUCCACUCUCCUUGGAAAUCGCAAGCUCUUCACAUGCAAGAACCGCGAAGCAGGCAAAGGUCUAUUUGAAGCGGACAUCAUCCUCAAGGGCAUCACCAAAUGGUGCUAUGAUAGGAAGAACUCGUUGGGUGCCACACUGACAAGCUACUUCAAGGACACUACUACUGGUGGGGCGAGUUUGGGUAUCAUUGCAGCAGUCCUUACUGGGAUCGAGGCUUGUGUGGUGGAGUGGACCACCGGCACCAAGAUUGAAUCACGCUUCUACAAAGAGCGCUAUGCUGCCAUCUUCGAGACUUACUACAAAAUGCUAGUCGACUUUGAUGAGGGUACGAGACAUGCAGACAUUUUGCCCAAGAUUUGCAAGAGGCUUCUGAAACAUGCUUGGUAUGUGUUACAGUAA